AUGAAGGGUCUCCGGGUUACUCGGCAACCGGACAUUUUCAUGUCGCUGAAGAGGGAUAUGGCUAUGGUCACUCAACAAAUUUUUAUUGCCGAGGAGUGGGUUAAGAAGGCUCGCGAGGACCUGCACAGUGAGGCUCAGUCCCGCCUCGCUGCUAAGAAGGCUGCCGGUGCCCUUAGGCAGGAAAAGGAUCGCCUGAGUAGCGAAGUGAAGGAGGCGCAAAAGGGUCACGCUAGCGCUAAGGCCAGACUUAAAAACAUUACCAAGCAGGCUGAGGAUCUGCGCCAACAGCUCCAUCAGUCCGAGGCAAACCUCGCGACAGAGAAGCAGACGGUCUCAGAUCUCAAGGCAGAGCUAUCAAAGGUCAAGGAGGGGGCUCGCGUGGCCAGGGAGGCGGCCGAGGCAGCAGUGGCGACCUCAUAUGAUCGUGGAGUUAGGGAUACUGAGAUUAGGCUGACCGAGGAGGUGGCUGCCGUAUGCAGGGAUUACAUCACUAUGUCUUGGGGUGUAGCCUUGGAUCGGGCGGCAGUUCCAGCGGACUCUGAUCUCCGGAAAGUUGAGAACAUCUUUUUUCCGGAAGAUAUUCGUGAGAUUUCGGACUCGGUUGCUCCUGAGGAGCCUCUCCCUAUGAAGGCCUUAACCUCGGACUCCCAAUGCCUGAAGCUGAGGAAACACAGCCGGCCACGAAGGACAAAUCGCCUGAGGACAGUCUCACAAUCAAGGAUGUUGUCGCGCAAGCCAAGGAGGUUGUUCCGGGACCUCAGGCAGGAGAUGAUCAACCUGAGCCUACUUAGGGUUAAGACUUAG